AUGAGGAGCGUAGCUCCUCUUCCGAGUAGGCAAGUAGGGCCGGUAGCAUUUCCUCGUCUAGGUCACGCGUUGCUGGCCACUAAGAACGCGGUCCGGGCUGGCUCGGGAAAUGUUAGAGGCGAGAGCGCGGAGGAAUGGAGCGGUAUGUUCGCGGCUGAUUCGCGGAGGCGAGUUUGGCCUAACGGUGUCGAGGUGGACAAUCAGAACUCGAUGGUAUGGGUACCGAGCGCGUUCACAGGAGCGCAGCCAGCGCUGGCGGAUGGGGAGCUCCCAGUACUCGACGAUCACGAGCGACCUUAUUUUCGGUAUCCUACCGCAGCAGCGCAGAAAGCCGCACCUGGAGGAACCCCAGCGGGAGCAGGAGCAGCAGGCUCAGCAGGGACAGCAGGAUCAACAGGAAUAAUUGCUGAAAGUUUCGCGAUGAUCAGAGCUCGCGAGCCCACCCCAGCUCAUUUCGCCGUUCGCCACUCUCCUAUCGCAAGCGACUCAGCCCCAGCAGCAGCAGCAGCCGAGGGUUCGAGAUACAACCCCGACGCGCUCCGCGUCCUUUCCGAAACCCUAGCUCCACAACUCAGUCGCUCUAGCUCCGCAGCAGCAUCGCUUUCACUCACUCCAGUCUCUAAUAACUCCCCUGCCGAACCAACUGUCGUGCCUAGAAAUGGUGUCGGAUCUCCUGGAUCGCAGGAAUCGCAAGGAGGAGGCGCGACAAGCGCUGACUUUUCAGGAUCGAGCAGGGUGGGAGGCGACGCGAGGCUGGGGGGGUUGCUGCCUCCGCGAAUGACGGCGCUCAGGCUGACGUGGUCGUGGGAGGAGUGGAUUCUGGGGCUAGGGAUUGGCGCUGCGGCUAUUGGGUUCGCCAUGGCUCUCGUCACCAGCGCGACUGGCGGGAGGCUUGGAUUGGGGCGUAAUAUGUCCUCCGUUGUAGCCCCCGCCGGGAGAGCUGUUAGCGGGGUUGUUCUUAGCGAGGAUGCUGCUGCUUCUAGCGGGUCGGUUCUUAGCGAGGAUCUCCUCGCAGGCGGCGAUGCAGCAGCAGUGGGCGGCAGGGUGACCGCGGCGCCAGUGAUAGUGUUGGGGGAGGAGCAAAUUGUGGGGGUCGGAGAAACCGGAAAGAAGGUUCCUUUCUACCUGAGGGAGGCGAAGCCAGGAGUGAUCGAACUGUCUGCGGCCACUCUGCCCCACGUGCUGCGACUCAGGCCCACGCUCGUCAUGUUCUACGCGCCCUGGUGCCCCUACUGCCAGCGCAUGGAGGCUGCAUGGUUGCAUGGUCACUCAGUGCUGUGGUCUCUGUGCCUGCCCUCUCUCCCUUCCCCUCCCUCACGUGUGUGUCUCUCCCUCGCCAGGCCCACGCUCGUGAUGUUCUACGCGCCCUGGUGCCCCUACUGCCAGCGCAUGGAGGGGGCAUGGGCGGCUCUGGCGGAGAAGCUGCAUCAGGAGAGCUUCAACGUGCAGGUGAGGGGGUUGGGAGUGGUGCGAUCUGGUGCAGGGGAUGUAGGGCAUGGCUCGAAUAGGCUGCAUGCUGGACAGGUGGCAUGGGUAGCCCUGGUGGAGACGCUCCAGCAGGAGAGCUUCAACGUGCAGGUGGUGCGGUCGGGAGUGGUGCAAUCUGGUGCAGGUGGAGGUGGCGGUGUUGGGAGUGGUUUCGCCGGGUGCAUGUGGGUGAGUGAUGCCCUGAUCUCACUGACAAGUACAAGACUCGUUUGCCCUUCUCCUUUCCUCCCUCCCUGCUGCCCUUUUUACAACUCAACCACCUGCAACCAGGUGGCCCGAGUGGAUGCAUAUCGAUACCCCGAGCUGACGGACAAGUACAAGAUGCCAGGCUUCUCCACGCUCAUGCUGUUUAAUGGAGAAAGUGACUGA